AAACAUGUUAUGGGGAAAACAGGGAUAUGAAGCACUGAUUAAAAAGGACUUCCCCAAAUACUCACUUUGCACUUUUGACUGGCUACCAUGGACACCAAGGAAGAGAAGAAGGAAAGGAGACAAGGCUAUUUUGCUCGGUCUACUGCAAGAGCCAUCUAACUUCUCCUUGUUUCUUCUCUUCAUUGAAAAUCCAUCCUCCACUUGGCUGCCAAGGUUGAAAAAGAAAAAGCAAGGCAAACAAAAUGCAGAAACAUCAUCAGCCAAUUCUCGAAGCACCACAAAUAUUAAGACUCAUGUUGGAAAAGAAGAUGCUAAAUCACUUAUUUCAGAACAAGAUAAUUGCAGCAUUCCUGUGAAGCAGGAAGAAUAUUUAACCGAUGAAGAAAAAAAAAAGAGAAAAAAUAAUCAGUUAAAAGAGAUCAGACGUACAGAACUAAAGAGAUACUAUAAUAUAGAUGACAACCAGAACAAAGCCAAUGAGAAGAAAGAGAAGAAGAUGGUGGUUCAAAAGCCCCAAGGCACUAUGGAAUAUACAGCUGGAAGCCAAGAUACCCUCAAUACAAUAGCAUUAAAAUUUAAUAUCACUCCAAACAAGCUUGUGGAAUUGAAUAAGCUUUUCACACAUACUAUUGUUCCAGGCCAGGUCCUUUUUGUGCCAGAUACCGAAUUUCCUUCCAGUACUUUAAGGUUAACUUCAUCAAGUCCUGGUGCUACUAUUUCUCCUUCAUCAUCAGAUGCAGAAUAUGAUAAACUACCUGAUGCUGACUUAGCAAGAAAAGCCUUAAAACCAAUCGAAAGAGUUCUAUCAUCCACCUCUGAAGAAGACGAACCAGUAGUUGUAAAGUUUUUAAAAAUGAACUGUCGAUACUUCACAGAUGGCAAGGGUGUAGUUGGAGGUGUCAUGAUUGUCACACCUAACAACAUCAUGUUUGAUCCUCAUAAGUCUGAUCCUCUGGUUAUUGAGAAUGGGUGUGAAGAGUAUGGCCUCAUCUGUCCCAUGGAAGAAGUUGUUUCUAUUGCACUCUACAAUGAUAUCUCCCACAUGAAGAUUAAAGAUGCAUUACCAUCUGACCUACCACAGGAUCUUUGUCCUCUGUACAGGCCUGGAGAAUGGGAGGACCUGGCUUCUGAGAAGGAUAUAAAUCCAUUCAGUAAAUUCAAAUCUCUCAGUAAGGAAAAAAGGCAGCAGAAUGGAGAAACCACUACUUCCCUCAUUUCCAACUCAGCAAAUCCAUUGGAGAAGUCAACAGAUUACAAACUUAGGCCUUUUGACAAUUCCAUACUAAGGGAAUCAGAGACCUUAGGUUCCAAGGAGGAACCUAGUAAUUUGGCUAUGAUGAUUGCUGACAUUAAGAAACCCUCCAAGACAAAAAUGGCAUCUGAUUCUAAAACCAAAGAAAACUCCCUUUUAGGAGAAGAUGAUGACUUUGUUGAUCUGGAAGAACUUUCCUCCCAAGUUGAGGGUGGAAAUGACAAAAAGGAAACUCCAAGGGAAUGUCUUUCCCUUGACCCAGAUGAGUCCAAAAAGGCCAAAUCACAAGGAACCAGUUCCACUUUAGAAAUACUAAACCAGCCAGCAUUGGAUCUUUCAAGAACAGAGUAUGAUACUGAGCUGAAAGGUGCUCUGGAUUUAGAAACUUGUGAGAAACAAGAUAUGGGGCCUGAAGGGAAUAAGCUAGUCAUUUCUCCCCAAAAUGAGGUAGAAUCAAUUUUGAACAUUCAUGAAGACCUAGAUAAAGUUAAACUUAUCGAAUUUUACCUUAAUAAAAAUAAGGAGGGAUCACAGUUAAUUGAAAACUUGGAAAAGUCAGAAAUUAGUGAUGGCAAAAGCAAUCUUCCCUUAGGAAUAGAUAUUACUCUUAGUAGUUCAGUUCCUCAAGCAGAUGAGCUACCUUUUGAAGGCAGCAAGAAGCCAGGUAAAGGUUCUGAAAAAGAACCAUUUUCAUUGAAAAUGGAUCCUUCUACAGAAGAGAGAGUUGUUAAAGAAUCUCUGGAUGCUUCACUGGAAUCCUCUCUGGACAAGAGCUGCCAGGGUGCACAGGUGGAUAGUAAAUCAGAAAUUAGAUUGUGGCUAUUAAAGAGAAUUCAGGUACCCAUUGAAGAUAUGCUUCCAUCAAAAGAAGAGAAGAGCAAGACACCACCAAUGUUUCUGUGUAUCAAAGUGGGAAAACCCAUGAGAAAAUCCUUUGCUACCCAUAUCACAACUAUGGUACAACAGUAUGGCAAGAGAAGAAAGCAACCAGAAUACUGGUUUGCAGUUCCUCGAGAAAGGGUAGAUCACUUAUAUACCUUCUUUGUUCAGUGCUCACCAGAAGUUUAUGGGAAAGAUGCCAAAGAGCAAGGGUUUGUGGUAGUAGAGAAGGAAGAGUUGAAUAUGGUCGAUAACUUUUUCAGCGAGCCAACAGCUAAAAGCUGGGAGAUAAUCACUGUUGAAGAGGCCAAACGGAGAAAGAGUACUUGCAGUUAUUAUGAGGAGGAGGAAGAUGAGUCCCUCCCUGUCUUAAAGCAUCAUAGUGCUCUACUAGAGAAUAUGCACAUAGAACAGCUUGCUAGACGACUUCCAGCAAGGGUGCAAGGAUAUCCAUGGAGACUAAUAUAUAGUACUAUAGAACAUGGCACAAGCCUGAAAACUUUGUACCGGAAAUCAGCAUCUCUUGAUGGUCCUGUCCUUUUGGUCAUUAAAGACAUGGAUAAUCAGAUUUUUGGAGCAUAUGCAACUCAUCCGUUCAAGUUCAGUGACCAUUACUACGGCACAGGAGAAACUUUCCUCUACACUUUCAGCCCAAAUUUUAAGGUAUUCAAGUGGAGUGGAGAAAACUCUUAUUUCAUCAAUGGAGAUAUAAGCUCUUUAGAACUUGGUGGUGGAGGGGGACGAUUUGGUCUGUGGUUGGACGCUGACUUAUAUCAUGGACGAAGCAACUCCUGCAGUACUUUCAAUAAUGAUAUCCUCUCGAAAAAGGAAGACUUCAUAGUUCGAGAUAUAGAAGUGUGGACAUUUGAAUGAAAUUCAGACUGCCUUAAAAAUAAAAAUUAAAAGACUGGAUUCAAUCAGCCUUCUUAAAACUAACUGGCUGGAAGAUGAAAUCCCAGCACAAGCUGCCUGGUAACAUCCCAUAAUGCUUUCUUUUGGAAACCAUCCCAGAGCAUGACUCCAUAAUGGGAAGAUUCUGAAAGCUACCUGGGAGAGGCAAAAAGUGAAGCUUGCAAAUGGAAAACUAUAGAUUGUUGUUAGACUUUUUACUCCCACCUCCCUCAAACUCCUACUAUAAAGAAUCAGAGUGUUUAUAGAUGUAUGGGUUGAAGGCUGUUUUUAUUUUUGGUAACUGUGAACAAAGAUACUGUGGAAUUAUAUGUAUAGUAUAUGCCUUGUGUAUUUAUAUCAAUUUGCAUUACCCAAACCUACAGCAUCAUAUUGUUUGCCAUGGAAAAAAGUUUAAGUUUUUGGAAGAAAUUAAAAAUUCACAGCACUUCAAGGGAAAGCGGGAUUUUUUUAAAAGAAGUUUAUUUAUUGUUUUUCAUACAUUGAAAUUUGUUUGCAAUUUUUUCUUUUAAUGUUUUAAAUAUUGGAUUUAAAAGAAUGCAUAGAUUUGUGUGCUGUUUUGGCAACAAAUUCAUUUGUCUAUAUAGUUUUAUAUUGACUUUUUUCAUUUUGCAGAGAAAAUGUAUUUGUUUUUUAAUUUUGCCCUAAUUAUUCUAGGGAUUUUUUUUUUCCCCAGCAGCAUCUGACAUAAUACAUACAUUCCUAUUAGAUAGAGUCAUUGACUGACUAAUUUUGAAUUCUUUUUAACUUCACUGUUGCCAACCAACUUAACUAUCUUAGGCCAACUUAUCAUUUCUUCAGUGGAAGCAAUAAAUGCCUUCUAGCAAGGGACCAAGACAUGUGCUCCUUUAUUUGGAGAGGAUGACAGAAACUGACUUGUUUAUAAGACAAGACCAGCUUUAGAAAUUACUAGAUAAAAUAAAAAUUUUGGCAGGGAAAAACCCUGCUUAUGAGAAGAAGAAAGUUCUUUAGCACUUAAAAACCACAUGUUUUCAUAGCAAAAGUUCCAUUUUCUAGUCUGAUCUACUCUCCUUCCCCAUCCCCAUUUUUUUUCAUUAGGGCACAAGAUUUCAUCUCUUAAAGAAAGAGUUGGCUGACUUUUGGUUUCCUCUCAUUUUUUCCUCUUUAUAUGAAAAGUUUAAAAUUAGCCCAACAAUCUUUGUUUUGAGACUUAUUUCAAUUGCCAGAGGCAGUGCCAGGAGAAACCUCAGUGGUUACACAAGAAACUAGAUUUUUUUUUUUUAAAGGAAGAGUACUCUCUUUGGCACUGAACCCUUUUCUCAUCGUGAAAAUGCUUUCUUCAUUUUGUCAAGACAAAAAGCAAAGAUUGUAUUGUUGAUCGAUAAACUCUGAUAAGUACCAAGGAAUGAACUGAUGAAAAUAAUUUCAAAAUAACUCAAAUGAAGAAUAGUUGAUCAUAAAUUGAAUAUGCUUAAUUUUUAAGUUUAAAUUUUUGGGGGUAUAUCUAUGUGAUAUAAAAAUACAAUUUGAAACAGUAGUUUUAAGCUGGCAACAAGUCUCCUUUAGGUGUCCUCUCAUUCAUAGACACUUGAGAGGGAACAAACCAAAUGCCAAGUAGCCUCCUGGCAGACUGGCGAAUCAUUUGCUCCACAUACAUUCCAUGCAAUUUACAGCAGCUGCUAUGAAAUAUGAAAUCUGUAACUUGUGUGUGCUUUUCUUUUUCUACUCAGAUCCUAUAGACCUUCCACUUGAAAUACCAGUAAAAACCAAAUUCUGGCAUAUCUACUAUUAACUAGGUCCGUAGCUACUCGGUGGAAGAUAUCAGAAAUGCCUCAUGAUAAUCACAUGUGGUAUUUUUGCCAUUUGCAAACCACCAACUGGUAAGCAAAAAAUUAACAUAUUGCACAUGUUUUACUCUUGUUAUCUACAGUUUAUCCCAUGAUACUGUAUUUGCCAGUGCAUACUCAAACACUGUGUUCUCUAUAUUAAACAGUAUUGUUCGGUCAAAACUUUGUGACCCUUCAUCUAUGAAUAUUGAAUAUAUGUAAUGCAGUGCUAUCCCAAUAUUUUCAAUAAAGGACUUUAUGCAUUCA